GAGAGACCGCCCCACAUCUGGCCGAGCGUCCCGGAGAGCGAGGGCGCGCGGGAGAGGGCGGGCUCCGCUGGAGGCGGCUGGCUCCAGGCCGGGCUCCCCAGGCAGGUCAGCAAUUGGAGCGGGAAGGCCAGGACAGGCAGCCGGGGAGCCGAUCGCCGGGACAGCCGACGCCACCCCCUCGCCGGAGUUGAGAGCGCGGCGCUGCAGUCCCACCAUAUUUGCCUCAACAAAGGAAGCCUCAUGUUACAUCUUUUAAAUAAUUGAUGGCUCUCAGUCCAAGCCAGCUUGAAGGAAAUUCUGAAAAUAGAGCUGACAAUUUACUUGUUCAUCAAUGAAACAACAUUAAACUAUGAAGAUGUAAAGAAAAAACCCUACGCUAACGUUGCAGUUUGAAAGGUGAACAGGUGCAGAGAUGCUGUAUUUUCAUUUUCCCAGAGUCAGGAACAGCCGGUGGCCAGGCGAUGCCUUUUCCUCAGUCCUGCUGCAUGAGCAGUUUACAACAUGGAGUAUCACCUACUCAGAAUGUUCCAGCUCUUGGAGAUUCUCCCAACGUGACAGGCUUCUCUGCAGAAUGUCAAACAAAGAUCGGCACAUUGAUUCCAGCUGUUCGUCCUUCAUCAAGACGGAACCCUCCAGCCCGGCCUCCCUGACGGACAGCGUCAACCACCACAGCCCAGGUGGCUCCUCAGACGCCAGCGGGAGCUACAGUUCAACCAUGAAUGGCCAUCAGAACGGACUUGACUCGCCACCUCUCUACCCUUCUGCUCCUAUCCUAGGAGGUAGUGGGCCUGUCAGGAAACUGUAUGAUGACUGCUCCAGCACCAUUGUUGAAGAUCCCCAGACCAAAUGUGAAUACAUGCUCAACUCGAUGCCCAAGAGACUGUGUUUAGUGUGUGGCGACAUCGCUUCUGGGUACCACUAUGGGGUAGCGUCGUGUGAAGCCUGCAAGGCAUUCUUCAAGAGGACGAUUCAAGGUAAUAUCGAAUAUAGCUGCCCUGCCACGAAUGAGUGCGAAAUCACGAAGCGCAGACGUAAAUCCUGCCAGGCUUGCCGCUUCAUGAAGUGUUUGAAAGUGGGCAUGCUGAAAGAAGGCGUGCGUCUUGACAGAGUACGUGGAGGUCGGCAGAAGUACAAGCGCAGAAUAGAUGCGGAGAACAGCCCAUACCUGAACCCGCAGCUGGUUCAGCCAGCCAAAAAGCCAUAUAACAAGAUCGUCUCACAUUUGUUGGUGGCUGAACCGGAGAAGAUCUAUGCCAUGCCUGACCCUACCGUCCCAGACAGUGACAUCAAAGCCCUCACUACACUGUGCGACCUGGCCGACCGAGAGUUGGUGGUUAUCAUUGGAUGGGCGAAGCAUAUUCCAGGCUUCUCCACGCUGUCCCUGGCGGACCAAAUGAGCCUUCUGCAGAGCGCUUGGAUGGAAAUUUUAAUCCUUGGUGUCGUAUACCGGUCUCUUUCAUUUGAGGAUGAACUUGUCUAUGCAGACGAUUAUAUAAUGGAUGAAGACCAGUCCAAAUUAGCAGGCCUUCUUGACCUAAAUAAUGCUAUCCUGCAGCUGGUAAAGAAAUACAAGAGCAUGAAGCUGGAGAAAGAAGAAUUUGUCACCCUCAAAGCGAUAGCUCUUGCUAAUUCAGACUCCAUGCACAUAGAAGAUGUCGAAGCCGUCCAGAAGCUUCAGGAUGUCUUACAUGAGGCCCUGCAGGAUUAUGAGGCUGGCCAGCACAUGGAAGACCCUCGUAGGGCUGGCAAGAUGCUGAUGACUCUGCCACUGCUGAGACAGACCUCUACGAAGGCCGUGCAGCAUUUCUACAACAUCAAACUCGAAGGCAAAGUCCCCAUGCACAAACUUUUUUUGGAAAUGCUGGAGGCCAAGGUCUGACUAAAAGCUUCCUGGGCCUUCCUAUCCUGCACGCUGAAAAAGGGAAACUAAACCCAAGGAUGAUGUCGAAGAAACUUAGCGUUUAGUUAACAACAUCAGAAAUCAACAAAGACUGCACUGAUAAAUUAGCAGCAAGACUAUGAAGCAGCUUUUAGAUUCCUCCAGAUCCUCCUUAUGCAUUUCUUUUUACCUUAUCGCAUCUUCUUUUCUCCUUUUGUUUUCUCAUUCUUUUCCUUUUUGUUUUUUUUCCCUCACUCCCUUAUUCCUUCUCUCCCUCAUUUCUUGGCUUCCUCCAUUACCAGUUGCCUCUCUCCCUCCUUUCUUUUCUUCCUUCCUUCCUUUCUCUCCUCUUUGCAUCUCUUCUCUCCUCCAUCUUUUUGCCUCCUCCCCCUUUCUUCUAAAUUUUAAAUAGCUCUAGUUGUAAGAAAAUUUCUCGUCCUUGCCUUUUCUUUCUUUGCUCUUACUCCUUCCUCCCUUCCUUCCUUCCUUCCUUCUGCUGCUGAACUUCUAAAAGAGGUCUCUGAUUGAAGAGAAAUGGAAGCCAGCCCUGCCAAAGGAUGGAGAUCCAGAAUAUGGAUACCAGUGAACUUAUUGUGAACCAUCACGUCCCCAGUGACUAAGGAAUCAAAGAGAGAGAACCAACAGACCUAAAAGUACAGUGCAACAUAACGAAUUGACUGAGUGCAGUAUUAGGUUUCAUGGGAGCGGCCUCUAAUUAGACAACCUAAGCCACGUUGCAUCGGCUGCUUCUAAUCAUUGCUUUUCCAUCUAGAUCAGUUACAGCCAUUUGAUUCCUUAAUUGUUUUUUCAAGUCUUCCAGGUAUUUGUUAGUUUAGCUACUAUGUAACUUUUUCAGGGAAUAGUUUAAGCUUUAUUCAUUCAUGCAAUACUAAAGAGAAAAAAAGAAUACUGCAAUUUUGUGCUGGCUUUGAACAAUUAUGAACAAUCAUGAAGGACAAAUGAAUCCCGAAGGAAGAUUUUUAAAAAUGUUUUGUUUCUUCUUACAAAUGGAGAUUUUUUUGUACCAGCUUUACCACUUUUCAGCCAUUUAUUAAUAUGGGAAUUUAACUUACUCAAGCAAUAGUAGAAGGGAAGGUGCAUAUUAUCACGGAUGCAAUUUAUGUUGUGUGCCAGUCUGGUCCCAAACAUCAAUUUCUUAACAUGAGCUCCAGUUUCCCUAAAUGUUCACUGACACAAAGGAUUAGAUUACACUCAUAGUGACUCCGAGUAGUCACGUCUGUCAGUUCUGCACAUGGAAUACAGAUCCUUAGAAUUAUCAGGAAUGCAUCUCUUUUCCUGGAAGGUACAGUUGCCAUAUGAUUUCUAGCUGCCACUGUGGUUAGGAAUGAGAUACUGCCUGUUUGCAAAGUCCCAUACCUUGUCCCAGAAGGAGCUGUGAGCCAGUCUAAGAGGCAAUAAGGCAAAUGCCAGAAUUUGGGGAAAAACAAAAAAAGUCAUCAAAGACAGCAGACGCCUGACCAAAUUCUAAAACCUAAUCUAUGAGUUUAUUCAUUUAGGAAUGUUUGUUUAAAUUAAUCUGCAGUUUUUACCAAGAGCUAAGCCAAUGUAUGUGCUUUUCCACCAGUAUUGUCACAGCAAGAAAGUCAGUCAGGUUCCAGACUGUUAAGAGGUGUAAUCUAAUGAAGAAAUCAAUUAGAUGCCCCCGAAAUCUACAGUCGCUGAAUAACCAAUAAACAGUAACCUCCAUCAAAUGCUAUACCAAUGGACCAGUGUUAGUAGCUGCUCCCUGUACUAUGUGAACAGUCUUAUUCUAUGUACACAGAUGUAAUUAAAAUUGUAAUCCUAACAAACAAAAGAAAUGUAGUUCAGCUUUUCAAUGUUUCAUGUUUGCUGUGCUUUUCUGAAUUUUAUGUUGCAUUCAGAGACUGUUGUCUUGUUCUUCUUGUGGUGUUUGGAUUCUUGUGGUGUGUGCUUUUAGACACAGGGUAGUAUUAGAGACAAUAUUGGAUGUACAAUUCCUCAGGAGACUACAGUAGUAUAUUCUAUUCCUUAUCCGUAAUAAGGUUCUUCCUAAUAAUAAUUAAGAGAUUGAAACUCCAAACAAGUACUCAUUAUGAACAGAUACACAUCAAAAUCAUAAUAAUAUUUUCAAAACAAGGAAUAAUUUCUCUAAUGGUUUAUUAUAGAAUAUCAAUGUAUAGCUUAGAAAUAAAACUUUGAAUAUUUCAAGAAUAUAGAUAAGUCUAAUUUUUAAAUGCUGUAUAUAUGGCUUUCACUCAAUCAUCUCUCAGAUGUUGUUAUUAACUCGCUCUGUGUUGUUGCAAACUUUUUGGUGCGGACACAAACUAUUGCUACUUUGUGUGCUUUAAACAAAAUACCUUGGGUUGAUAUUUCAUCAACCUCGUGCUAGGAAUACUGUGUAUCUAUCAUUAGCUAUAUGGGACUAUAUCGUAGAUUGUGGUUUUCUCAGUAGAGAAGUGACUGUAGUGUGACUCUAGAUAAAUCAUCAUUAGCUAUUCAUUCAGAUGGUCAAUAACUUGAAAUUUAUAGCUGUGAUAGGAGUUCAGAAAUUGGCACAUCCCUUUAAAAAGAACAACAGAAAAUACAACUCCUGGGAAAAAAAGGUGCUGAUUCUAUAAGAUUAUUUAUAUAUGUAAGUGUUUCAAAAGAUUAUUUUCCGGAAAGUUUGUGCAGGGUUUAAGUUGCUACUAUUCAACCACACUAUAUAUAAAUAAAGUAUAUACACCAGAUACACUGUUUUCACUGUAUCACAGUCAAGUACUUGGGCUUCAGAAGUAAGAGCUGGCCAACUGAAAACAAGAGAUGGAGAUAUAUGUGAGAAGAACGUAGUGCAAUUUUUAGUUUUCAGUUUAGGUGACUCGGCAUGACAAAGAACAAGUCUCACAAAUAGGAAAUACAACUAAAAUGUAGGUCUAAAAGAAUUGCACGGGCUUUGGGGUAAAUGCUCAGUUUUAACCUUGCUUGAGGUCAGUUUUUUCAAGUUUCAAGCAAGACCAUUUACUUAAUGUGAAGUUUCGGAAAGUUACAAAGGUGUAUGUUUCAGCCAUAUGAUUUUAAUUCUUAUUUCGCUUCUUUUAGGUUUGUUCUUAUUUAAAGCAAUAUGAUCGUGUGACUCCCUGUAGUUACACUCGUGUUUCAAUCAGAUCAGAUUGUUGUAUUUAUUCCACUAUUUUGCAUUUAAAUGAUAACAUAAAAGAUAUAAAAAAUUUAAAACUGCUAUUUUUCUUGUAGAAGAGAAAAUGGGUGUUGGUGAUUGUAUUUUAAUUAUUUAAGCGUCUCUGUUUACCUGCCUAGGAAAACAUUUUAUGGCAGUCUUAUGUGCAAAGAUCGUAAAAGGACAAAAAAUUUAAACUGCUUAUAAUAAUCCAGGAGUUGCAUUAUAGCCAGUAGUAAAAAGAAUAAUAAUAAUAAUAAAACCAUGUCUAUAGCUGUAGAUGGACUUCACAUCUGUAAAGCAAUCAAUUGUAUAUUUUUGUGAUGUGUACCAUACUGUGUGCUCCAGCAAAUGUCCAUUUGUGUAAAUGUAUUUAUUUUAUAUUGUAUAUAUUGUUAAAUGCAAAAAGGAGAUAUGAUUCUGUAACUCCAAUCAAUUCAGAUGUGUAACUCAAAUUAUUAUGCCUUUCAGGAUGAUGGUAGAGCAAUAUUAAACAAGCUUCCACUUUUGAUUGCUCUUUUGUAUUGUG